AUGGCCGAGCGGCACUGGCAGCAGGUGUCAAACCUUGUUGGCAGCGAAGUCAACCCGACCAUGGAGGCCGCGGAGUGCCAGCAGCUGUGUUUAGGGCUUGGCAUGGUCGAGCAUGCCGCUGCCGUUGCAGACAUUGGGGACCGUGCCGGCAAGGAACAGAACAUUGAGAACCAGCUGAAGAGCAUGCAGGCGGCCUGGGACAAGGUUUUCUUCGACUGCAGCGAGCCCUAUCGAACAACAGGGACCUACAUUCUCAAGGGGGCCGACGAGGUCAUGGCCGUUCUGGACGAACAGAUUGUUGUGACACAGGCGAUGCAGUUCUCGCCCUUCAACAAGCCGUUCAAAGAGGACAUCGACGAGUGGAACGACAAGCUCAUGUACGUCUCAGAGUGCUUGGAUCAGUGGCUAAAAGUACAGCGCGCUUGGAUGUACUUGCAGCCCAUCUUCGACUCGCCGGAUAUCAUGAAGCAGCUCCCCACCGAGGGCAAGAAGUUUAAGGUCGUAGACGGCAAGUGGCGGCAGACCAUGAGCCGCGUACACAGCAACGGCCACGCCCUGACCCAGUGCACACAGGAGGGUCUACUGACGCAGUGGCAGACCGUGAACAGAGACCUGGACAUCGUCCAGAAAGGCCUGGACGACUACCUGGCAACCAAGUGUGCUGCCUUCGCCCGCUUCUACUUCUUGUCCAACGAUGAGUUGCUGGAGAUCCUGUCUCAGACCAAGGAUCCCUUGAGGGUGCAACCCUUCCUGUCGAAAGUCUUCGAGGCGAUGAAGAAGCUGACGUUCACGGACCAGCUUGUCGCCACCCAGAUGCACUCCAAGGAAGGAGAAAUCAUCGACUUUGUCAAUCCCGUGGUAACAAAGGACAAGAACGUAGAGACCUGGAUGACGGAAGUGGAGAACGAGAUGAUCGCUGGAGUGCGAAAUGUCUGUCGCAUUGGAGUGGAAACCUACCCAGAAAUGCCGCGGACCGAAUGGGUCUUGCAGAAUCCGGGGCAGGUCUGCUUAAACUCCAGCCAAGUGCACUGGACUGCAGAGGUGGAAGAAGCAAUCAAAGGCGGGAAGACCGCAGAGUAUUUCACGCAGCUGAGCGAACAGCUGCUGGACCUGGUGCGGCUGGUGCGUGGUGACAUCACGAAGCUGCAGAGGAUGAGCAUUGGAGCUCUCGUGGUGAUCGAUGUCCAUGCAAAGGACACCGUGGAGAAGCUCGCCAAGGAAAAGAUCGACGACUGCAUGUCCUUUGAGUGGAUUUCGCAGCUGCGGUACUACUGGGAGAUGGACGAUCGAAACUCUGAGAACAUGUGGGUCCGUAUGGUGCAGACUCCUUUCCCGUAUGGCUAUGAGUACUUGGGAAACUCCUUCCGCCUGGUGAUCACUCCCCUCACAGACAUGUGCUACAUGACCCUGAUGGGCGCCCAGAGCCUGAACCUGGGAGGUGCACCGGCCGGGCCUGCUGGUACCGGCAAGACGGAGACGACAAAGGAUCUGGCCAAAGCGCUGGCCAAGCAGUGUGUCGUCUUCAAUUGCUCGCCAGAAAUGGACUACCUCAUGGUCGGCAAGUUCUUCAAGGGCCUGGCAUCAAGCGGCGCCUGGUGUUGCUUUGACGAGUUCAACCGUAUCUACAUUGAGGUGCUCAGCGUCAUCGCCCAGCAGCUGCUCCAACUUUUCAGCGCGAAGAGGGAGCUGACGUCCUACAACGACUCUGUGGAGCUGGAGUUUGACUCGACCUUGAUCAUGAUGCGGCCCACCUUCAACGUCUUCAUCACGAUGAACCCAGGUUAUGCAGGGCGAAGCGAGCUUCCCGACAACUUGGCUGCCUUGUUUCGACCAAUGGCCAUGAUGGUUCCUGACUAUGCCAUGAUCGGCGAGAUCAGCUUCUACGCGUUUGGCUUCGAAAAGGGGCGGCAUCUGGCAAAGAAAAUGGUCACGACCUUCCAGCUCUGCAGUGAGCAGCUUUCUGCCCAAAGCCACUACGACUACGGCAUGCGAGCUGUCAAAACUGUGAUUGAAGCCGCCGGCCUCAACAAGCGCAAGUACCCGGACCAAAGUGAGGGGCAGAUCCUGCUCCGAGCCCUGCAGGAUGUCAAUGUGCCAAAGUUCCUGAAGGAUGACCUUCCGCUGUUUUACAACAUCAUCUCGGACCUCUUCCCAGGCGUGGAAAAGCCCGCCAUCGACUAUGGGAAGUUGGAUGAGAUGGCAAGGGAGAAGUCCAAGGUUACGAAUCUGCAGCCAACAGAUUAUUUCAUUAAGAAGCAGUUCGAGCUCUUUGACAUGAUCCAGGUUCGUCACGGCAUGAUGCUGGUUGGCCCAACCGGUGGUGGAAAGACCUGCUGCUAUCGCACGUUGCAGGCGGCUUGCACGGCCUUGGUGGAUCCGAAGGAUGGGGAGUCCCCUUUCCAAAAGACACACGUGCACGUGCUCAACCCCAAGGCCAUCACCCAGAACCAACUCUACGGAGCCUUCGACGAGGUGACGCGCGAAUGGUCCGAUGGAGUCGCUGCAGAGCUGAUCCGCAAUGCCACCCGCGACAACCACAAUCCGGACCAUCACUGGGUCAUGUUUGAUGGGCCCGUUGAUGCCUUGUGGAUUGAGAGCAUGAACACGGUCUUGGACGACAACAAGAAGCUUUGCCUGGUCAGUGGCGAGAUUAUUGCUCGGGACUAA